GUUGAAGAAUAAUAUUGUCCCCAAUUCCACCCCAGCUACUACUUGAUCAUCUCCUCGUGUAAUGUCCAAAUUUCCGUUAACUCAAGUUGCCGACGCGCUUCGGAAGGAUUGCGCUGUUAAAGAAAAAUGGUACCAAUUUUGUAUUGUUCUGUCUGGUACGGCUAAGUUGGAAGAUGUCGACAUGAGAAAUUUUAACAAUGGGCAGGCCAUCUCGAAAAUAUUGGAGCGAUGGAUCAAGAAAAGUGGAGGAAAUGCAACUUUACAUGAUUUGGUUAUGGAGUUGACCAUUGCGGAUUUUACUACCACUGCAGGUCAAUUACAAAGUGAGUUCCUUCCGAUCCCAAAGAUUGUUGGUUCGAACCCAAUUGGGACAUUCUCUUAAGGAGUGGUUAAAGAGAAAAUUGUAGUAAAUACUGGAUUUUCUAUUCGAGAUAUAAUUAUUCUGCAACAUGUAUGCAUAAUUAAUAAAGUUUUAUUUGUAAACAAAUAACAAACAGUUGAUAAUUACAAACAAUAAAGGAUUCGAUCAAUCAAUUCGAUCAAUUAAAAUUGAUAUUUAUGAAAGCGCCAUACCUAAAUUUCUUAUUUUGAGGCUAAAAAAAACACUUAAAUCAACCUGCAUAUUUUGUUUUUGAGUAAUGUGCCACUAAAAUAUACAUACAUAUUUUUAUCCUGCAUAUAUGUAAUUAUCCUGAAUGAAAGAUGUCGUUCUGUAUAUUAUCAACCUGUUUUAAAAUUUUUCUGAAAAUUCCAACAUAUAGGGUGAACACUUUGCAUAAUUGUAUGUAUGCAUGCAGGAAUACCACUAUUAUCGAUUAACAGAUAAAAGCGAUAUUUUGUUUAUAAUUCUUAUCAGUUUUAUUAUGCCAACCGUUUAAUCAGUGUUUAGAAAAGCGGUUGUAUAUUUGUCCAGCCUUAUCAAAGCAUACUUAUCAAAGCAGGAUGUGAGUAUCUUUAUAUAUUGAAAUGAUUUAUCCUCCGUCAAUAGCGAGCCAAUUGCAGAACUUGUUGAUGCAAUUAGUUUUUGUCCACUUCUUUCGUUUCUUGUAAUAUUUUUCAAAAUGGAUAAUUUGUUGAAAAGAAUCCAGCAAAUUAAAAAGGCUCACUUGGAAGAUCCUCUACUUCUUGACUGGAAAGAGAUUUAUGGGAGAAUAUUAGAUCCUACACGUGCUGUUAGUUUGAGAAUUUUGGAAGAUAAGCUACGUCAUGGCGAAUUGCAGCCAUAUAGUCUAAUUAAUGAUCUAGUAGAUUACGGUAUGAGUGAGAAGUCUGAGGAUUUUGAAAAAAAACUAUUGCAUGAAUUGAAAAAUUGCCAGCAUGCAAAAUUAUAUGACCGGUUAACCGGAAUGUCCUUCCAUUCUCCCAUUCGCUUUCAUAUGAAGAAUUAUCCCGGCAAAUUUUUCGGCGGAGGUGACAACAUCAAGUGGCUUAGGGAACAGUAUUCGCAGCCAAAAUCUAACUUCGUUACUGUCUAUGGAUUAGAAGGGAUGGGCAAGAGCAGGACUGUGUCACAGUUUAUCUUGGAAACCAGUAAAUCAAUUGAUGAUCUUGCGUGUGCUUCCUUGGAUUGCAUCAAUGCAUUAAAUUUUCAUAACGAUUGUGCCUCCUUUGGAAAAUAUAUUCAGGAUAUACAUAAAAUCUCUCUGCCCGUAAAUCUGAAGAAGUUGGAGACAUGGAAACCAAACAAUUUGCUGGGGGUCAUUUCGAAUGAAAUUUAUAAACUCGCAAAAUGCAAAUGGAUUCUGAUCCUGGAGAAUUGUCAAGAAUCUAUUAUAAAACAAUAUGACUUAUUGAGCUUACUGGAAACUUGCAGAAAUGAAGUAAUGAUAGUUGCAGUUAUCCGUUUUAAAAGUUCUGAAUUAGAAGACAAGGGCGAAGCAAGGAAAAUCGAUCCCCUAUCCGAUUCAGAAGCAAACGAAUAUUUGCAAAGUUUACUAAGAAUAAAAAUUGUCAAACCAGAAAAUUUGAAUAAUCUAAAAUUAAUUUGCGCUAUGGCCCACAAUUAUCCCAUUGCUCUGGAGUAUGCUGCAUCAUACAUUAGAAAAAAGAAUAGCGAGAUUAGCUCCAUUCCCCUCUCACUUACAGAAUUUAUAAAACUAUUGGAAAAUUCCAGAACAAGCGGAAGUAACGGAAGCGAAACAAGCAAACAAUUUCAAAACUGCCUUUCCGAUACUCUGAAGGUUGUAAUUAAUAAUAUGCAGGAGAAACCAUAUGCUUGGAAACUGCUUCAAAUAUUAGCACAUUUAAGACCUCAAGAAAUAAGUAUCGCACUUAUCAAGAAAAUCUUACCAGAGAAUGAGAAUAACGAGCUCAGGCCCACUCUGGCAAUCCUUAAACAGGCUUUGUUAAUCUCCUUCGUCGAUGAUGAAGAUGACGAAUUUUUUGAGGUUAGCUCAGCAGCGCAACCGUACUUGAAACAAUUAUGUGAUCAAAACGGGGAUGCUCUAAAAUGGUUAACAACAUUCAUAUUCAGCAAGACCGAUGAGGUUAGUGACUUUUCUCAAUUAGAACUUCUUCAAUUUGUGCACAUCUUUCCUCAACUUUUGCAAACCAACAACGAUAAAGAACCAGAACAUAUCUUGGCAGUGGGAUUGAGCAUAGUAAAACGCUUAGAAGGGUUAACUCUGUUCCGAGAAAAAUUAUGCUUUACAGAAGCUGUACACAAAUGGUGUAGCUUUUCGGGACACAAGACUCUUAAAAUCGGGAUGGAUCUAUCGAAACAAUAUGCCUCAGCACUUACCAGAUUUCGGGAUACGGACACCGCCAUGACAAUCUAUAAAGAAAUGUAUCAAGGCUCCUGUGAAGCAUUUGGGGAACAUGCGGCAUAUUCAGUAGGGAUUCUAAAUUCUAUUGGGGGAAUUCACUAUUACAAGAAAGAGCAUAAAGCCGCCCUGAAAUGUUUUCAAAAGGUUUUGGAUCAACAGCGCCAACUAUAUGGCGAUUCAUUUAAGGGACACCCCAAAGUUUUUAUAACUAGAAGGAAUAUAGCAAGCGCUUACAUUGAAUUGGGUCGGUUUAAGGAAGCAGAAGAAACAUUGGAGGAAUUGAUUCAGCAAAGAUUACAGCCUGAAUCAGAAUAUCUAGAAUCCGUUCGAACACUAGGAUACUACUUUUAUAAACGGGAUUUGUUUGAGAAGGCAAUUGAUCAAUUUCGAAUCGCGGUUAAAAUCAAAAAUAUCGAUCUGAGAAGGACUGCACAAUUCAAUUUAGGCCGUUGCUUAGUACGGAUUGGAACAGAUGAGGCAACUGAAGAAGGUCUUAAAAUUUUGAAGGAAGUUCAUAGUUAUCGGAGAGAAUGUUAUGGAAAUGAACACAAGGAAACGUUGAAGGUAUACAAGUUACUUCCACCACCUGAAAGUGUGGCUAAAGUUCAACCUGGAGGCGUUGCCACCAGAAAUGACCAUGAUCCAAGUUCAACUCCUUUGACAAGUAAAGAAAGAGAUCGAUUUUCCCAAAUUAUAUAUCCAAGGGAUCAACCCAACACUUUAUUACACAGCUAUAAGGAAAAUAAGGCUGCCCUGAAAAGGAAACAAUUCAUGGAGAAGUUGUAUAUGAAGAAAAGACAUCGUGAUCAAUUAAAUAAUUUUGAAGCGCCUUAUCUAUUAAAUGCAUAGGAUUCGGAAUACUGUAAGGGUAAUACAAAAAUUUAGUAUGAUAUUACACAUAUCUAAGUAUAUUUAUGUUCCCACACUCGAUCUUAACUUUGUACUGUCAGGGACCACCAGGUCUUCCACCAUAAUAAUCUGUGUAUGCAAAACCAACCCAAAACCAAACCAACAAAUAUGUCUCAACUUGGUUGGCUACCAAGUUCAGAUGAAAUAAAGCAGACAACAUAAAAGAUACAAUACUCCUCUCUCUGAGGACACCGGGGGAAGAAGAAGAACAAAUUGAUUAGUAGUUACUUAAAAUUUUAUUGAAGAUACACGCUGUCCUUCGGCAGGUAAAUAAAUUUUACUUGUAUAUGGAGCAAACAAGCUCUUUUCCCAUUAACUUAUAAUUAGACCCCCCAUGAGAAAUCCUAGUAAAUACAGUACUGAUCCACAAAAAAAUCACAAGGUUCGUCUUAAAGGUUUUUUUGCUAACAUGAUGAAUAAAAAAUUAUCCUUUUACUAGUAAGCAUUUGAAAAAAUUCCUCUCUAAGUACACUCAAAAUAAACUGGUAACAGGCUUUUAUCAGGCGGUGACUAUAUAUAUAUAUAUGACGCUACCGCCAUGGUAACAAAUAUGUUGCUUAGCAGUCGUACAUUUAUUACCAGGCUGGCAAUAGUUGCCAGCUGGCGAGUGACAAAUAUUACCAACUUGGCAAUACCUUUACAACCUGUGGUAACAAAUUUAUUACCAUGGUGGCAGAGUCACAUAUGGUCACCGCCGCUUAUAAAGAAUUAUUUUGAGUGUACUUGCCACCACGAAUUUUUGAGAGGUUUGGUAGAGAUUUUAUCCUGGUACAAAGCGAUGACUUGCAGAAUUCUAUAGCUUCAUUCGCGGCCAAUGCAAAUUGCAUUAUGCAAUUGUACGAGACAUAUACAACUUAAAUGCAAUUGCACACAGAGCAUCAAUCAUGCAUGCUUUAACUUUAUACAUUUAAUAGUGGUAGAAAGUUUGUAUAACACAAAUUUUUAGCACGAAGGGUUCAGAACGUUACUUAAAUUAGUACGACUUAUGUUCAGGAUACUAUUUAUCUUAUAAGUAUGACAGUGACACUGCUUUUCUGUGACGAUACCGCAUCUUUUAUAAUAUUGUACUUGACUUUCUUAUCCUAAAAUAUCUAAUGUAUUGAAAAUGUAUGAAAAAUUUGAAUUUGGACAUUUUGUAUUAAAAGUCUAUCAAAAUUCAAGUCAUAAAAUAUGAACUUUGGAUCGUUAAAAGCUAUGGUCUUAUGCACUUCACUUCACAUACUUACACAUUACUGAUAGUUGCUAAGCUACGACAAGUUCUUGCUAACGAAAAUAUGUACAUAUUUAAGUAUAGGGUUGCAAGUAAUAAUUUGUAUCAUAGCUACGAUAAAAAAUUAAAAGACGAGUAAGAGUGA